AUGUGGACACAAGAAAUGCAGACGAACUACUUCUUUGGUUAUCGACUGAAGAUUGGACUCAUUGUGAUUAUCAUCAUGGUUCUUGGAUUCUUUACUGAGAGUCAAGGUACCGCACAUUAUGGCGAGGACAGCGUUGGAUCUUUCCCUUACUUCGAGUACAAUGUGCCACGGAACGUAACCACUGUAGUUGGUCAGACUGCAUUCCUUCAUUGUAGGGUUGAACAACUUGGCGAUAAAGCAGUUUCAUGGAUAAGAAAACGAGACCUUCAUAUACUAACAGCAGGGAUAUUGACAUACACAUCUGACCAGAGAUUUCAAGUUAUAAGACCGGAUAAAUCAGAAAAUUGGACGUUACAAAUCAAAUUUCCACAGGAAAGGGACGCAGGCAUUUAUGAAUGCCAAGUUAAUACGGAACCAAAAAUGUCUUUGGCAUUUCAACUCAACGUAGUAGAAGCAAAGGCGCAUAUACUGGGGCCCGCAGACUUGUACGUCAAAACUGGAAGUGCAUUGGCACUCACUUGCAUACUUAGCCAAGGACCACAUGAUCUUGGUACAAUUUUUUGGUAUAAGGGAUCAAACUUAAUAGAAUAUAAAGAAGUGGAAGAGAAUGAACUUGACAUUGCGCCGAGAAUCCGACUGAAAACGGAAUGGACGGAACAGUUGACGUCUCGACUCACAAUCGAAAAACUAAUGCCAACCGAUAGCGGUAAUUAUAGCUGCGUACCCACAAUGGCUGACACAGCUUCAGUCAAUGUUCAUGUUAUUAACGGGGAACAUCCAGCAGCGAUGCAGCACGGCAACGCUAAUACGGCUUCACCAUGUGCUUUGUCUGUUAAUCUACUCAUUUCGCUAUACUGUACUUUAGCGACAAUUUAUACCAGCACAAUCGAUGGCUUUAGAUGA